AUGGAAACCCUUCGUCGAGAAUUCUCCUUUCCCGCCGACGGCGUGCCGGACCGCACGAGCUCGUUGCAGAAUGCUGCCAUUGCGAUCGAAGUCGUCUUUCCCGCCCUUGCGUUGCUUGUGUUGGGCCUGAGAACGUAUAUCCGAACGAUCACACGGACAUUCGGCUGGGAUGAUGGGUGGAUGUGGCUUGCAAUGGUGAUCUCCCUAGCUCAAGCAGUGGUCUCCAUAUUCUGCAUCAAGCUCCGGUACAUGGGGAUACCUCGCUCCGAGGUUCCGAUUUACGACCCGACACCUGGACUGCUGGCGACUUACAUCUCCGGUAUCAUCUACACCUCAAUCCUCCCCAUCGUCCGGACCUCGGUGCUCGUCUUUCUUCUACGCCUGGGCGGGACGAAAGACGGUCUGCGCAUAGCGAUAUGGAUCAUUGGCGUGCUCAACCUCUGCUUGAUGGUGGCCAUCAUCUUCGCCGUGACCUUCAUCUGCCAGCCGGUCGAAUACAACUGGAAACCGUUCAUCGAGGGCGGUGAAUGCCUCAACACGGCCGCCCUGUCCAUGUCCAUCACGGUCCUCACCAUUGUGACGGACAUUGUGGUGUGCAUCUUGCCCUUUUGGGUGUUUAGUGGCUUGCAUAUUGCGAAGAAGGCCAAGUUUGCCCUCAUGUUUGUUUUCUUGCUGGGCUUCUCCGUCACGAUUGUCAGCUGCGUCCGCUUCUGGAUCCUGAUCAAGAUCUUCAUGUUCCCGCCGACGCCGAGCGAGCGCGGCUCGUCCAUCGGCUACGUGACGUCGGCGAUCGAGACCAACCUGGGCAUCAUCGCCGCCUCCGGGCCGGCCCUGUGGCCCCUCGCCCGGCGCUGGUUCCCGCACCUCUUCGCGCGCCUCGGCCUCUCGCAGGGCUACCAGGGCGACAUCCCGGACAUCGAGCAGUACGACGCCGAGCGGGCGCGGGGGCUGGCCGCCGCCGCCUCUCCCAUGUCCGCUGCGGCGGGGGCGGCGGCGAGGGCCGCCAAGAAGAGGUCGCUGGCGGCGCACGCGCAGCGGCGGCGGCGGUCGCCGCCCAUGGGGAUGAAGAAGAGCUUCGCGGGCGCGGCGGCGGCGGGCGGCGGGCUCGGCGUGCACACGAACCACAGCAUCGGCGGGACCGAGUUCGCGCUCAAGAACCUGCGCGGGGACAGGGCGGUGGCGCACGCCGAGAUCCGCAGCUACACGCCCAACGCGUCCGAGGAGGAGAUCAUGACGUACAACGGCAUCAUGAGGACGACGGACGUCAUCAUCCAGCGGGACGUGAUGCCGAUGGGGAUGCACGGGCGCGGGGUGCCCAUCACAUGGUGA